AUGUCUCCCAACGGGCAGGCAUUUCUGCUUAAUCCGGAGCUGCCCGAGGGCCCUACCCGCUUUCCCCAGGCCCGUAUUGCCCCGGCAUCUCAGCACAAGACCAUCUACAUCUCGGGCACCGCAUGCUGUCGACCAGACGGGACAUGGGAGGGUGUCAUUGAGAACUCGGACGGAUCACAAACUCUGGACAUACGGAAACAGACGGCCGCUGUCCUCACAAACAUUGAUGAUAUUAUCAAAGGUGCUUCAGGCGGCAAAGGCGGCAUUCAUAACAUCAUUGACGCCGUCGUCUACAUCUUGGAUAUGAAAAGUCAAUACGCUGGCAUGAAUGAGGAGUGGAACAAGGUCUUUGCAGACCGUGCAAGUGCCCCGGCGAGGGCUACCAUUGGAGUAAAGGAACUACCAGACCCCCGAAUGAUCGUGGAAGUGAAAGCUGUUGCGGUAGUCGAGUUUUAG